AUGGACUCAACCAUGAUGCCAAAAGCCUUUGCUGAUCGCCAUUCAUGUGCAAGUCUCUCUCUUUCUGAGCUCGAGGCCUUAAAAACCUCUCCAGGCUACAUUUCUUCAGUCAAAGACUUGCCAGUAAAACCAGACACAACUCACUCCUCUCAGUUUCUUGGCCUCAGUUCCAAAUCUGGAGCUUGGCCGGUUGCAGAUUAUGGCAAGGAUGUCAUAAUUGGAGUGGUGGACACUGGUGUUUGGCCAGAAAGUGAGAGCUUUAGUGACGAUGGAAUGUCAGAAAUCCCACCAAGAUGGAAAGGUGAAUGCGAGAGCGGCACCCAAUUCAACUCCUCUUUGUGCAACAAAAAGUUGAUUGGGGCAAGAUGGGCAUGGGACCCACACCUCAUCCACAGCAGCUGGAAAUUAUGUGCCCGGGGCAUCUUAUUUGGUUAUGCACCGGGCACAGCUAGUGGCAUGGCUCCGAAGGCUCACGUGGCCAUGUACAAGGCUCUUUGGGAAGAGGGUGCUUUGUCUUCUGAUAUAAUUGCUGCCAUUGAGCAAGCGAUUAUAGACGGUGUGGAUGUUUUGUCCUUGUCAUUUGGGCUUGAUGGGGUUGCUUUGUAUGAGGACCCUGUUGCCAUAGCCACAUUUUCAGCCUUGGAGAAAGGUGUCUUUGUGUCCACAUCUGCAGGAAAUGAGGGCCCUUUCUUUGGCACCUUGCACAACGGCAUCCCAUGGGUUCUCACCGUUGCCGCCGGCACAAUCGACCGUGAUUUUGAAGGAACUGCGCAUUUUGGCAACGGAGGCUCCGUCACGGGGUCUACUCUUUUUCCGGGGAAUUCAUCUUCAACCCAAUUCCCAAUUGUUUUCCUUGAUGCAUGCAACUGUUGCCGGAGGCCUUUUAUCACCAACAACACUGACUUGGAGCUGUUCCUCCAAAGCUCAUUUCCCACAAUCUUUCUCAGUCCAAAGGAAGGCGAAGCGAUCAAAGAUUACAUCAACAGCAACUCUCAGCCAACAGCAAGUUUGGAAUUUCAAAAGACACUUCUUGGUGCCAAACCAGCACCAGUUACAACAAGCUACACCUCUAGAGGGCCAUCCCCCAGCUUCCCGUUUACCCUGAAGCCAGACAUUCUGGCUCCAGGGUCAUUAAUCCUAGCUGCAUGGCCUCAAAAUAACACGAUAGCCGUGGUGAACAAAGAAAACUUGUUUGGUAAUUUUAAUCUGUUGUCAGGGACAUCCAUGGCGUGCCCUCAUGCAGCCGGUCUAGCCGCUCUUCUAAAAGCUGCAUAUCCAAAAUGGAGCCCUGCUGCUAUUAGAUCGGCCAUGAUGACGACAUCAGACACAUUGGAUAACACUCUCAGCCCCAUUAAAGACAUUGGUGAUGGUUACCAGCCAGCCAGUCCUCUAGCCAUGGGAGCAGGUCAUGUCAAUCCCAACAAAGCCCUCAACCCGGGGCUCAUAUACGACGCGGACAUAGAAGAUUACAUAAAUCUCCUUUGUGCACUGAACUACACCAACAAGCAAAUCCAAACCAUCACCAAAUCAGCCUCGAACAAUUGCUCAAGUCCUUCCUUGGAUCUUAACUAUCCUUCUUUCAUUGCAUUCUUCAACGCAAACGAUUCGAAGCCGGAUGUACAAACCACUCAAGAAUUCCGGAGGACAGUGACCUACAUAGGAAAGGGACAGUCGACCUACGUUGCAAGCGUUACACCCUUAAAAGGGUUUGAGGUUGCAGUGGUUCCAAACACAUUGAAGUUCAAGGAGGAGGGUGAGAAGCUGAGCUUUGUGCUGAGUAUAAAAGGUCCAAGACGAACGAAGGAGACUGUGGCGUUUGGCUAUCUAACUUGGGCGGAGAGUGGAGGUGAGCAUGUGGUGAGAAGCCCCGUCGUGGCCACAAACCUCAGCUCAGAGACGGUGUCGCGGCAGAGCUAA